AUGGCUAUUUGGACAGUAGACCAAGUUGAAGACUGGUUAAAAGCCAAUAAAUUUGAUAAAUAUGCUGAAAUUUUCAAAAAUCAAGAUAUUGAUGGUAUAGCUCUGCUAGGUUUACAGGAUGGUGAAAUUUUAAAAUUAUUAUCUACACAAGAUGAACAUGGAACAAUAACAAAUCCUACAAUGAGAAUACAACGUAAAUUUAAAGCAGCAUUAGAAGAUUAUAGAAAAUUAAUAAAACAAGAAAGAAAAAAACGUAGACGAAGCAGUUCAUCAAUAAAUAAACGACUUGAUACAAGUAUAAAUAAUAAUGAAAACAAUUUAUCAUUUAUAACUUUAAAAGCUACAUCUUAUACAAUCAAUAAUACAGGAACAUAUUCAAAAAUCUACACUAUUGAAUCAAAGAGUAUUGGUAUGAAAUUUUUCAAAAGCGAAUUAAUUUGUUCGAACUUAACGAAAUAUUUUCUAAAAAACUAUAAUGUUACAUGUCAUAUACCAAUACAAAAUCAAUAUGAUACCAAAGUUGCAUUACAUAUAAAAUUAUCGGGUGUUAAAGAAAAUGUCAAAAAUGCUCGCAAUGAUAUUCAUUCAUUACUUACAACAAUUAAAACGAAAAUUUUCAAUAAUGAAGAUACAGAUAAAAAAAUUAUUCAUUUGUCAAAAUAUAUCUAUUCCGAUUCUACUCUAACUAUUUUACAAAAAAUUUUUUCUGACAAGAAAAAAUUAACAUUUUGGGAAAAAACGAAUAUAUUAUCCGGUUAUUAUAUUGUUCAUUAUAUUAGUGGACAACAUACAUUUAGUGUUUCAGAAGAAUUUAUUAAUCAUACAGUCAAUAAUGAAAUAUCUUAUGUUAAAGAUAUUGUUAUACAAAAUGUGGAAAAUAUUCAACCGAAAUUUCGAAAAGAAUUAGAUGAAUUUAUUAAUGAUAAAAAAGAACAACAACUACAAUAUCAAACAAUGUCUAUUAUUUAUUGUCAAUAUCCUUUUCAAACAGAAAUGAAAAUUAGUUUUUUUGGAUUAAGAAAUCAAGUUGAUAUUGCUAAAAAACAAAUCAAACUAUUGAUUAACAAACAUCGAAUGAGAAAUAUAUGGAUUGGACUUGAUUCAAAACAGCGUGAAUUUCUAUUAGAUAAUUAUGUUCAUGAAAUUAAAAAUCUCGAAAUAGAUAAUAAAGAUGAUAAUGUUAAAAUUCAAAUUCGUGAAAAUAUAAUUAUUGCACCACAAUAUUUAAUUAUGAAAAUAAAACAAUUAAUACAAUCAAUGGUUUUUCAAACAAUUAUACUUACAUUUCGAUAUAUUAAAAAUGCAUUUAUAUUAACAGAAAAAGAUGAUUUGAAAUUAAAAAGUCUUGCUCAAAAUUAUAAUUGUGAAAUAAAUAAAAUUGAUAUUGAAACAAAAAAAGAACUUAUCAUUUUACCUAAAGGAAAAAAUAUAUCAACAUCGAAAUAUAUUAUAAACGAAUCAAAUCAAUUUUAUUCUUCAUUAUCAAUAUGGAGAAAACUUUCUAUAUCAAAUAAUAUAAUAGAAAUUCAUAAAUCGUAUGAUUUAACAGUUGAUAUUACUAUUAUAUCAACAAUAUCAGAUGCUAUUAAAGAAAAUAUCGAUCCAAAAUAUGGAAAUGGUUAUUUUGAAUCUGAUACUGGUAAAAGAGUUUUAUUUAUUGAAUGGUCACCAGAUCUUUCACAACAAAAUAAUAAUCAAAUAAAUGAAUCAAUAAAAAAAUUUAUUUCUACAUCAAUUAAGCAAAUAGAUAUGCUUUGUACAAAUGUUGUUAAAACAAUUGCAUUUGCAACAACGGAUUGGGAAAAUUAUGAUCAUAGAAAACAAUUAGCAGAAAAUAUUCUUAAUGAAAUGAUAAAUCAACUCGGAUCAAAACAUUAUUCUCAUCGAUCAUGGAAAAUUAUAUUUCUCUUUAGUGAUCAACAAAACGAGUUUUUUAAUGAAUUUUCACAAGUUAUUUUAUCAAUACAGAAAGAAGAAGAUGAUUAUGAGCAAUUUUUUUAUCCAAUAUCAAACGAAAUUAUUAAUGAUGAUGAUGGUAUACCAUUAUUAGCAAGAUGUGCAUAUGAAAAAAAUUUAGAUAUCGAAACAAUUCAACGACCAGCUCUUCGAAUUAUUGAUGCAGUUUCAUUUCGAAAGGAUUCAGCUGUGAAACAGAUAAAAGAAAAUGAUCCUCUAAUGAACCAUGUUAAAGAUUUAUGCGAUAAAAAUGAUAAAUAUCAAGGAGCAAUAGCUCAUCGUAUUCUAUGGAAAGUAGAAGAAGAAAAUGAAUUUAUUUCGAAACAAGAACAAAUAAAAAAACAAAAUCAAAUCAAAAUAAAAAAAAAUUUUGAUGAAAAAAAAGCUGUUUAUCAAUAUGUUCCAGGUGAUCAUCAUUUUGAUUUAACAGAUCAGAAAAAUUCAGAAAAAUUUGAUCUUAUGAUUAGUUAUUAUCAAGAUGAUAAAGAAAUCUGUCUUAAAAUUUAUAAUCGUUUAAUAGAAUCAGAUUUUUAUCGAGUUUUAUUUGAUAAAGAUAAUUUACACAGUUCCAAUCCAAAGAUUAUGGCACAAGCAGUUGAAAAAUCAUCUGUUAUUCUUAUGUGUUUUUCAACUAAAUAUAGAAAUUCAUAUGCAUGUCGAUUAGAAGUUGAAUAUGCUAAGAAACGACAACGACCAAUUAUUCCAAUAAAAAUCGAUCAUCAAUAUGAUCCAACAGGAUGGUUAGAAGAAAUUAUUAAGAACGAAAAAUAUAUUGACUUUUCAAAAUAUGAAUUUACUGCUAUGUAUGCUCAAUUAAUUGACGAAAUCCAUGUAGUCAAUGAAAGUAUCAAUAAAAAAUAA